AUGGAAAAUGUGGAAUUAGAAAAAGAACUAGAUCUUAAUGAUUUGGAAACACUAACUCCUAGCCAAAUUAAGGAAUCAAAAACCAAAUUGGGAGAAGAAAUAAAAAAGGCGAAAGAGUUAGAAAAGAAAAAAACGGACGAAUUAACUGAAGAAGAAAGCAGAGCCCUGUCUAAUCUUCCUGCUUUACAAGAAAUUCAGGCCUUGACUCAGGAUAUUCAAAAAGCCGAAGAUCUUGGGAAGAAAGUUUAUGGAACGUGGGAUUAUGUGAUGGCUGGUGGCAUUGGAAUAGGAGUAUUUUUUGUUACAUUAUUAGCAAAGCCUGCUAUCGCAGGAUUAUUAAAAUUUGUGAUCGGGGCAGGACUGACUUAUUUUGCAGCGAAGCCGAUAAUUGAGAGAUGGGGUUCUACUCCAGCCAAUCGUGCUGAACAAUUAGGCAUUCCUCGUGACCGGCUGUAUGAAGAUUAUAAGAAAUUUCGGGAAGAUAAAAAGAAGUAUCUUCAAGAACGCAAUGAAGAGCACAAUAAACAGUUAUUAGAUGAAUUGGCUGAACUGAAGAAGAAGUUAGAAAAGUUGGAAAAACAAAAAACUCAGCAAGCGAAAGAAGCAGCAGAAGAAAGUGAUCCCACCGAAAAAACCAAAAAAAUCGCUGCUCUGCAAGAUACCGAAAAAGAAAUCAGCCAAAUUAAAAGAGAAAUUUCCAACAAAGAGAAGCAGAUUGAAAAGAAUAAUAAAGAGUUGGAGAAAGUUUUUGAUGAUAUUAGCAAGUUCCCUAAUUUAACUGAGGAACAAUUGGUCGCUAAAUCUAAUGCUCCUGACUUGGGAGCCUGA